AUAAUAUUUUUUACUCAAAAUUGUUUCCUGUGACAACUUGCUACUUUCGAUUUUUCGCUUUCUAUUUUGUUUUCAUUGAUUUCAAAAGAUAUUUAAUUCUGGACAUAAUAAGCAAAACCGAAAAUUCAUAUUAAUUUCUGCGAAUCGAGAUAAUUUGAUAAAAUUUCCGUUUAAAAUUCGGCCAACAUUUGGAAGACGUGAAAUUUUCUUGUUCCAGCCGCAUUUCGCAGUAAAAUUUCCAACAUUCAUUCGAUCAGAAAAACCGCAGUCCGCAGCGCACGCCGGCUGCGGCAUGUGCCCUCCUCACUUUCCAACAGCUUCGCGCGCAUCAACUUGCUGAAGAGUCGCAUGCGUUUGCCGAACAACAGCGAGCGAAAGCAGGAGUACAUAGCGCAUCGUGCGCGCGUGCAGAAUGCCAAGAGCGUAGUGAAUAGCCAACCACCGAUACGUCUGGUGAAUCGACCGCGACGCGAAAUGUCAUUCACCGAGAUGAUGAACUCUGUGCGCACCGCCAUACAGCGGCGCAGUAACUCGCGUACCUUCACCACUGCGCCUGCCUCGACUACACCAUCCGCCAGUAUAUCGACUGUGGCGACAACGGCCUCGCGCCCCUUACCGUCAAGGCGACUAGACAAAUCGCACAUCAAAUUCAGCAACAGCGACACGCUCGCAAGCUACGAACGCGACAGAUCGGCGAUGCUCUUGUACGACUGCAAAUCGUGCGGCACUUUCGGCUGUUGUUGCAUCUGCGGCGGCGCCGGUGAUGGGCGGCAUUGUAUGGCCUCCUGUGUGGAUAUGCACGAGAAAUUCCCAGGACAUGCCGGCGUCGAUAUUUGCCAAGGCGUACACCCUUCGUACAGUUAUGUGCCGAGAUGUCACAGGGGUGAGAGUGUCAGCAGUAACACCGGCAUCACCGAUAUUGGUCAACAUGGUCCACAUGUACACCACUUCGAGGCGCAUUCACAUGGCUUUCCGGAGAAUAAGAAUAAUAACAAAAAACAAAGCAAACAGACGUCGUCUCCUGAGCAGCGUGCCGCCUAUCAGCAUGCAAAACUGGCGAUGCCUCUGCGUCAUUUCUGGCAUCGCAUCACACGUAAAGAAUGGAACGAUGACACGCGUAUACCACCAAAACCGUAUCGGCCAUCUUACUUGCUGAAUAAGAGCCAUCGCAAGCGUUGCUUCCAUCAUGCGCCCUCCAAAGAGGAUACCCAAAGCAAUGCUACGACAAGCCAACUUACUCCGCACGAUGACUGCAAGCAGUAUGGCAUACCGCUGCAUGUGCUGAAGCGAUAUCAGGACAUCACGGUCUCAACGGAUGAGGGUAUGCUGCGUCGUUUGUUGCGCCCACGCAUCUUCUUCGAUCUCGAGGUUAAAGGCAUACGUCCGUUGGGCCGUAUCGUCAUACAGCUCUUCACCGAGGCCUGUCCGGAGGUGGUGCUUGAGUUCGUACGCAUGUGCACCACAGAGAAUGGCGAACGCAUGAGCUUUACCCGACUCUUUCCGCCGAUGUGGCUGGAAGGCGAACUGGCACUGACCGACAACAAGACGCUGACGGCCCACAGCAUCGAACAUGAUACUAAUGUAUUGGACCACGGUAGUGGUGCCGGUGUGUUGUCGUUUCCCAGCCGCUAUGUGCGUGGCAGCAAGCGGCGGUUUCUCAGCUUUUCAAUCAGUUUUAAGCCGCUGAAAGUGCUCAAUGGCAAGCGCAUAGCAUUUGGUCGUGUGCGACGUGGCCUGUGGAUACUUGAUGCCGUGCAGGACUAUGGCACCAACAGCGGUAAGCCGCAGCGUGAAAUAAUCGUGACGAGUUGUGGCAUGUGCAAGUGACAAAGAUAAGUUGCAGCGAUUGCGGAGGUUGAGGUGGUUAUGUGGUGUGAAGUUUGUUGCUCAAUCAUAAUUGAUAGUCUAGCUGACAAAUUCCAUUACAAAUUGGAAUUCAAUUUAUAUUCAUUUAAACUGUAAUUCAAUUUGAUAAUAAAAUUCGCAAGCUGAGUGCUAUUUACUAUAAA